UCCAUAUAAAACAAACUCAUAUAAUGUUUACCUUCACUGCUACACUCACCCAAACAUUCCUCUAACAAUAUAUGUUUGCUGUUGACUCUCUUACAUAAUGCAACCUCCAUAAAUUAGCCAGACCUCCUCAUACUAGUAAGCUUUUUUUUGAAUUUUGAUUCCAUCCGUGGAAUUCUUCAGUUUAACUGCACAAAAAAUUAAUUUAGAGCAAUAAGCCAACGGAACUAUCUCUAAUUAUUUUUUUUAUUUCAUAAUAAACAUUAAAGUAGUUUACAUCUGUUGACUUGUUAAGUCAAUGGUUCAUGAGGUCAUGAGUAUAGACAAAGUUGAGUGAUUGGAAGCUAGCAUUUGUCACAGACUUGACAAGUUAUGUAUUGUUAUGUAUGUCCCGUUCCACAUGAAUAUAUAAUACAUUAUCUUUGGUUUGAAUUAGUCUCUGUUGAAUUCCCUGUCGUCAUUAUUUAUUUUUUGUGAUUAUAACCUACGCAUUGAUCAGUCUAAUUUCUAUCAGUUGCUUAUUAAUUCAUAAUGUCCUGAGCUUGUUGAAUCUUGACCAAACAUAUCAUAUGAUACAACAACUUCUGAUAUUCUCUGCUUCCAAUCAUGACGAUGAAUUCGAAUUCGAGGAGCUUUGGUGUAGUUUAUGUGGUGUUGAUGGUGCAGGUACUUGCAUGGACGAGGAGUGCAGUGGUGGUGGCAAGUGGGAAGUGCAUUGAGAGUGAAAGGCAAGCUCUGCUUUCUCUCAAACGUGGCUUCAAUGUCACCCAUGAUGAUGAUGAUUGGCUGUCUUCAUGGGGAGAUGGGGAGCAGCAGCAGGAGUGUUGCAACUGGGAAGGCGUCAAGUGCAGCAAUGUAACUGGCCAUGUUCUCAUGCUUCAUCUCCAUGGUUAUCACACUCUUGGCUCCAUAAGCCCAUCACUCAGUGAGUUACAUCAUUUGAAGUAUUUGGACCUUAGUGGUAAUCGUUUUACUCACACCCCAUCCCUCCCUCCUUUUAUUGGCUCUUUAACCUUUUUGACACACCUCAAUCUCUCUCGUUGUUAUUUCGGUGGAAACAUACCUCCUCAAUUGGGAAAUCUCUCCCAUUUAGUGUACCUUGAUCUUAGUUCCAGUAAUUUGGUUGGAGGAUUCCCUCUUCAACUCACAAAUAUGUCAUCCUUGACAUAUUUGGAUCUUAGUCUUAAUAAAUUCAAUGGAACACUGCCUCCUCAGCUUGGAAAUCUCUUAUCCUUAGAACAUCUUGAUCUACAUGGAAAUGCAUUCACUGGAACCAUUCCUCAUCAUUUCAGAAACCUUUCUUGUUUACAAUUUCUUGACCUCAGUCCCUAUGGCAAUGAUAAGGCGUUGUUGAGUUCUGACUUACAAUGGCUAUCUGAACUUUCAACCCUGAGGUAUCUUUCGCUUCCUUGGGUGAAUCUCAGUAGUGCCAGCAAUUGGCAGCAACAAGUGAGUAGCCUUUCUCAUCUUCAAUAUUUAAACUUGGGUCGUUGCAAUCUUAUUGAUUCCGUGUCCACUUCAUCACUUGCAUCCCCUGCUAAUUUCUCCACUUCUCUCUCAUAUGUGGAUAUCUCUUACAACUCUUUAAGGGAUGCAUCCUUCAUAUUUCCAUGGUUAAUGAAUUCCACUAGUAGCCUUGUUAUUCUCAGAAUGAAUGAUAAUGGUUUAUCAGGAACCAUACCAGGAACAUUUGGGAACUUGAGCCUCCUUGAGGAGUUAAAUCUUUCAAAUAAUCGGCUCAAAGGCCAAAUACCUGUAUCCUUGUUUCAUAGUUGCAAUUUGGCAAAACUAGACCUAUCCAGGAACAAGUUUACAGGGGAAUUUCAAGAAUUUAUUCAAGUAUUUUCUCGUUGUGCUCACAAACCCUUAGAAAUCUUGGAUUUGGGAUGGAAUGAAAUUACAGGGAUGGUGCCUGACCUCUCACAUCUUUCAUCUUUGGGAGCAUUAGGAGUUGAUAACAACAAAUUAAAUGGAAGCAUACAUGAAGGUAUUGGACAACUAUCCAACUUAUUUGAGUUAAGCCUUGCAAAUAACUUAUUGCAUGGUUUGAUAUCUGAAGCUCACUUUUCAAGGCUUUCAAAUCUUGAGUCUUUGGAUUUGUCUCAUAAUGCAUUUGCUUUCAAUGUUAGUGUCGAAUGGGUUCCCCCUUUCAAUUUAAGUGAGGCUAACUUGGCUUCUUGCAAUUUGGGACCUAACUUUCCAAAAUGGCUUCAGACUCAAAUGCAUGUUCAGCAAUUGGAUAUUUCACAAGCUCAAUUAUCUAGCCCAGUUCCUAAUUGGUUUUGGGAAGGCUUUUUCCGGAUAUGGAGUUUGAAUCUUUCUCACAAUCAUAUUAGAGGAAAAAUUGAAGGCAACCAUCACAGAGGAAAUAUUGAAUUUCAAACCAUUGACUUGAGCUCCAAUUUAUUUGAAGGUCCAAUUCCAGCAUUCCUUUCAACUGCUUCAGAAGUUUUUUUGUCCAAUAAUAGAUUUUCAACUGCAAAUCCUCUUUUAUGUGCAAACUCGUCCAAAUACACAAGAUUUAUGGAUUUGUCAAACAACUACCUUAGAGGAGAACUUCCGGAUUGUUGGAUGGGUUUCGAAUCAUUGGUCGUCCUGGAUUUGUCUGAUAAUCAUUUUUAUGGAAACAUGCCAAAGUCUCUGGGAUCAUUAAGAAAUAUCAAGUCAAUACAUUUAGAAGGGAAUAAUUUUUCAGGAGAGAUACCAUCAUCCCUGAAUAAUUGUACACAACUGCAAGUUUUUGAUGCUGCACAUAAUAAGUUGUCAGGAAGAAUACCAACCUGGAUUGGGGAUAAUAUUUCAAAGCUACUUGUACUUAGCUUACAUUCCAAUAGGUUUCAUGGAAACAUUCCAUUUAGCAUGUGCAAUCUCGAUGAAAUCCGUGUCUUGGACCUCUCUCUGAAUAUUCUGUCUGGCAGUAUACCUAAAUGCAUAAGUAAUCUGUCUGCUAUGGCCAAUCAAGCAAAUUCUGAUGACUAUCAUUAUGAAUUUGACACUAGUGUUUAUUCCCGUAGUUAUGCUGUACGUGGAGUUUCCGGAGUUUAUAAUGAUAGCGCAUCACUGACAUGGAAAGGGAAAAUGUCAAAAUAUGGAAGCACCCUUGGAUUGUUGAUAAGUAUUGAUUUCUCCAGCAACAGGUUAACAGGGGAUAUACCAACUGAGAUGAUGAGUCUUAUUGGCUUGGUUUCUUUAAAUCUUUCAAGAAACUUGUUUAGUGGACACAUUCCUCCGACUGUUGGACAGCUGAAGUCAAUAGAUUUUCUUGAUCUAUCCAGAAAUCAUUUGUCAGGAAGAAUUCCUUCACAACUUGCUCAGAUAGACCGUCUCAGUGUUCUUGACUUGUCAUACAAUGAUUUAUCUGGAGAAAUCCCACUUGGCACACAACUCCAAACUAGGGAUGCCUCUGCUUAUGCAGGAAAUCCAAAACUUUGUGGUGCUCCUCUCAACAAAACUUGUCCCAUACAUGGUCACCAGAUCAGUGAACAUGAUGCUUAUGGUGAUGAUGAACAAUUUGUAACCGAGGGGUUCUACAUUGCUAUGGCUGUUGGAUUUGUCAUGGCAUUUUGGGGAGUUUGCUUCUCGUUGAUUUUGAAGAAAUCUUGGAGAUAUGCCUAUUUCAAGUUAUUGAGUGAUGUCUAUGACAAGCUCUAUGUAUUUGUAGCAAUUAAGGUGGCCAAAUUAAAAAGGAUCAUAUCUCAAGUAUGAAGGCAAAAGAGAGUACACAGUAUCUUGUGUUGAAAAUUAAAAGAGCUUUGUUUGUGAUACAGCCAGAAUCUUCAUGCAUGUGGAUCCAUUUGUUAGUGAUGCUGUUAAUAUAAUAAGUGUUAUGUUUGUAUAUUUUAGCCCUCUUUAGGUUUUCUGCUGUAGCUGCAGAGUGGAGUGUGGAAGAGGAUGCUUUUUCAUAUUUCACCUGUAUUGCAUAACAUUUGUUAUAUGGGUAAUGGGUGUGAUUGUGAAACUUGGCCUUGUUUUAUUGCUGUAAUUUAUUUCCAGGGACGAUAUGAAGUGUUAGUUAUUACUUAUUAUGGAAGUGCUUGUGGAUUUGUGGUAGUUCA